ACACCCCCGCCCGCUGGGAUCGGGUACUCGGGACUUGUUGGGACCCGGUUAGUGUUGGUGCUGGAGAGGUGGCGGAUCACGGUGACAGGGGAUCGCGGCAAACCCCCCCGCCUUGUGCAACACAUCUUCUAUUCUGCGGUAAAGAUGGCGGCGUCAGAGGGGGCGCGUAGCGGCCGGACAACGGCAAAACGGUUCUGAAAAGCUCCGGAUUUGACCGAAUCUCGCUCCUCAAGUACCGUUAAUAUAAACUCGGGUACCAUCUGGAUCGCCGGGGUAGAGACAAUCGCUGUCACACGCCGGGGUUGCGGUUUUAUUGUUAAAGGCAGGGUGGGUGGGUUUCACUGAUAUCGGCUAACGUUAGCUAACAGGCUAGCUAAGCGAGCUAAUACGGGCUAGUAAACGUUAGCUCGGCGAAGAAGAGCGGGGAGGGGAUUGAGGAAGACUAUUCGGGCCAGGCCGCUCCAGCUUGGGGGAAUGUGAACCAGAGGUGCGCAGGGGGUUUGCUCGCUUCGUCCCAAACGUCCUUACAACAAACUACCGGGAUGGGACAGCAGGUAGGCCGCGUCGGUGAGAGCACAUCGACCGGACUCCAGCCACCACAGCCCCACGCGUCCCAACCGCACCAAGGGAAGGGGAACCGGGGGAGCGGCGCCGGGAGGAGACCCCGAGAACCCGGCAGUAGCACCGGGACACCGCCAGGCAGGGCUGCUGCAGUCAACGUGCCCGACCCAGGGAUCAAUAUAUUCACUCUGCAUUCAGAAGCUCUCCACAGGCCGUUUGGCCUGGACUCUGCAGCGCUGACGGAGGCAGUGCGCUGGAGCUCCAAGGAGAACCUACUGGGGGCGGCCGAGAGCGACCCCAACCUCUUCGUUGCACUUUAUGACUUUGUCGCCAGCGGAGACAACACGCUCAGCAUCACUAAAGGUGAGAAGCUGCGCGUGCUGGGCUACAACCAGAAUGGAGAGUGGAGUGAGGUGCGCUCUAAGAACGGCCAGGGUUGGGUGCCCUCCAACUACAUAACGCCAGUCAACAGUCUGGAGAAGCACAGCUGGUACCAUGGGCCCGUGUCGCGCAGCGCCGCAGAGUACCUGCUCUCGUCCCUCAUCAACGGCAGUUUCCUGGUCCGGGAAAGCGAGAGCAGCCCCGGACAGCUGUCCAUUUCUCUCCGCUAUGAGGGGAGAGUCUACCACUACCGGAUCAACACGUCCUCUGAUGGAAAGGUAUAUGUGACGUCUGAGAGCCGCUUUGCCACCCUGGCCGAGCUGGUCCACCACCACUCCACUGUAGCCGACGGCCUGGUCACCACCCUGCACUACCCAGCGCCCAAAUGUAACAAGCCCACGGUGUACGGUGUGUCACCGAUCCACGACAAGUGGGAGAUGGAGCGCACAGACAUCACCAUGAAGCACAAGCUGGGAGGAGGCCAGUAUGGAGAGGUGUACGUGGGAGUGUGGAAAAAGUACAACCUCACGGUGGCCGUCAAGACUCUGAAGGAGGACACCAUGGAAGUUGAAGAGUUUCUGAAAGAAGCAGCAGUUAUGAAGGAGGUUAAACACCCAAACCUCGUUCAGCUCCUCGGCGUGUGCACGUUGGAGCCUCCCUUCUACAUCGUGACCGAGUACAUGCCGCACGGCAACCUGCUCGACUACUUGAGAGAUUGUGACAAGGAGGAGGUGAACGCUGUGGUGCUGCUGUACAUGGCCACACAGAUCUCCUCUGCCAUGGAAUACCUGGAGAAGAAGAACUUCAUACACAGGGAUCUUGCGGCGAGGAACUGUCUGGUCGGGGAGAAUCAUGUCGUGAAGGUGGCAGACUUCGGGCUGAGCAGGCUGAUGACUGGUGACACCUACACUGCCCACGCAGGAGCCAAGUUCCCCAUCAAGUGGACCGCACCAGAGAGCCUCGCAUACAACACCUUCUCCAUCAAGUCUGACGUCUGGGCAUUCGGGGUGCUGCUGUGGGAAAUUGCCACCUAUGGCAUGUCUCCGUAUCCUGGCAUCGAUCUGUCUCAGGUCUAUGACCUCCUGGAGAAAGGUUACCGCAUGGAGCAGCCCGAGGGAUGCCCACCUAAAGUCUAUGAACUCAUGAGAGCAUGCUGGCAGUGGAGCCCAUUGGACCGGCCUUCAUUUGCAGAGAUCCACCAAGCCUUUGAAACAAUGUUCCACGACUCCAGCAUCUCUGAAGAGGUGGCGGAGGAGCUCUGCAAGACGGCGUCCUCAGGUCACUGCGGACCGCUGCACCCCUUCAGUCACGACAUGCCCCUGUUGCCUUCCAAAUCUCGCACACUCCACAAGCACACAGAAAACAAGGAGAACAUUGAGGGUGGACUCGACGGGCGAUCAGACCACGGCACGCACGGUCACUCAGAGAGAAGCAUGCCAAGCUGGGCUUCUACUUUGUUAGGAGGGGACGGCCGAUCGGGCAGCUCCCCGGCUCUGCCCAGAAAACAGCUGUCACGAGAUAAAUCUCCCGCCAGCCUUUUAGAGGAUGCGCAGGAUAUGGGCACGUUUACACGAGACCGCAAGACUGGCUUCUUUAGCUCCUUCAUAAAGAAGAAAUCUUCUUCUUCCUCCUCCUCCUCACCAUCCUCUCAGCUGCAGCAGAACCUCCCGACGCCCCCCAAGAGGAGCAGCUCUUUCCGGGAGAUGGAAACGCAGCCUCACAAGAAAUACGAGCCUACUGCUGAUUUCAGCGCUCCACCUCCCCUGCCCCAGUCGGACAGUCUCGCCGGCUUCUCCGCCUCUCCCUCGCACUCCCAUGGAGAACCCACCCAGGCUCAGUCGCGCUGCUGUGGGGCUGCUUUUGGACAGAAACCCUCUAGUGGGGGGCUUGCUUCGCAGGUGACGAGCGGCAGCGGUUGGAGUGGGUUGGCCGGUUUUUUUACCCCGAGACUCAUCAAAAAGACGCUCGGGCUACGGACAGCAAAGACGACCUCGUCAGAGGAGGGUGGAAGUUUAGCUGGAGGGUCUAAACCCUUCCCGAGGUCCAAUUCUACCUCCUCAAUGUCAGCUGGGCUGCCAGACCUGGAGCGCAUGGCUCUGACUUUACCCAGGAACCGCAGUGCUAAACCCCCUCUGGAGAGGACUUCCUCCACCACCUCCCAGCCAGAGAACGGGGCUGCACGGCCCUCAGAAACUCUGCUGAGGAGGAUGGAUGAGGGGACAGCACAGAUCAGGGAAAGGCCCAAAGCCAAGCUAUUACCCCGGGGCGCUGCUGUAGGCGUGAGGGUGCCAGGGGUUGGGGGGGAGGUGGGGGAAUCGGACAGUCUGUCUCGGGUCAGGGAGGAGAGUGGGGGAGGACUGGACCAGCAGCAGAGUUGGUCGUCUCCCUCUAAGACUUCGAGUGCUUCAUCAGCUGCAGCAGGUGCACCAACUCACAACCACAAGGUUCCGGUCCUGAUCUCCCCCACGCUGAAGCACAGCCCGGCUGACGUGCACCUGGUCGGGCUAGACUCUCAGGGGAACCGCUUCAAACUGCUGUCUGAGCACCAAGCAGACCGGGACAGGCCACGACUUGUAAAACCCAAGUGUGCUCCUCCUCCUCCUCCCACCCUGCGCAGCCUGCAGCACUCCUACAGCGGCGACGGGGAGGAGCAGGUAGGAGGAGCACCUGUGGAAGUAAACGGGGACGCAUUGAAAGGUCACCGGUCCGGGCGAAUGUCAGGAGCGACGACGGGCCGACCAUCAGUGCCACCACCGCAAGUGCCUCCUGCAUCUUCCUCCUCCUUCUCCUCGUCUUGCUCUGCCACCACCAACACGACUCCCACCAAAAUGGCCAACGGAGCCGCCACCACUGCCUCCUCCUCACACGCGCCAUCAUCUGCCGGUUCCAAAGUAGCACUGCGGCGGACCAGGCAGCAGGCGGAGAGGGUUCCCCUGGAGCGAGUUAGUCGCGAUGCCCUGCUGGAGUGCGCCGAGUGCCUGAGCAGCGCCCUCCACGCCAGCUCCGACAGCCCCUCCAGCAGCCAGGUGCUGGACGCUGGCCUCCAGCUGCUAGACUACUGCUCAGGUUAUGUGGACUGCAUCCCUCAGAUGAGGAACAAAUUUGCCUUCCGAGAAGCAGUGGGGAAGCUGGAGCUCAGCCUGCAGGAACUGAGGGCCUCGUCCUCAGGAGGAGGAGGGCUGGGCGGUGUGGGGCCCAACACUGUACUGGACAACCUGCACAGCUGUAUUAAAGAGAUUAGUGACGUUGUACAGAGGUAGCCACUGUGACAACACCAACCGUCGCCCCUAACUACCCGACAGACUGCUUAUAUUCCCUUUUUUAUGUUUCUGGUUCUUUUGACAGCUUUUUUUGGGGGACAAAAUGAGAUGAAUCUCGAAAGUACCUCAAAGAGAAAUCACUACAAAAUCUAUUAUUUUUACUGUUUACAAACAACCAUUUCAUAAAAUGCCAGUGUGGACACUUUUUGCUCUGACCUGUACAUAUACAGAAAUCUUUAUACCAAACUAAAAAUGGUUUAAGUCGCACCAUGAGAAGGUUUAGCCCCCACGGGAUGAAUGUCGAGUGUCAGCUGUGUGUCUCCAGAGGAGGUGAAGUCUGAGCUCACGCUGCUUACCUGUCCGUCACAUACUGACACUGAGCUCAAACAGUGUUUCACAAACGAACAGAGCUGCAACUAUUAGUUGACAGAAAAAAUAAUCUCAAACUAUUUUGAUAAUGAAUUAAUCAUUAAACUAAUUUUUCAUGCAAAAUGUCAGAAAAUGCUGUUUUCAGCCUCUCGAAUGUGGAGAUUUGCUGCUUUUCUCAGUUUUAUAUCAUAUAAAUGUGAAUAUCUUUGGGUUUAAAGACAAAACCUUGAACUUUGAGGACAUUUCUCACUAUUUUCUGACAUUUUAUAAACCAAACACUCGAGUAAUUCUAGAAGAUAAUUGUUAGUUGCAGCUCUCCAGACGAGUGAAUCAGCAGUUUGGUUCACUGAGUUUCGCAGUAAAGUAUUUUGCUCAGCGUCUGGUGAGCCGAGUGAUCAGAAGCCAUUUUUAAAGCCAUUGUACUCUAAAGGAUUGGAAAGUAAAUCAACCGGACUCGAGGUGUCGUGGUCUCCAUUCGACCCUUUAUUCUGUGUGCAGAUUCUUAUUUUCAUUUCAUUUAGUCGACGAACAAAUGUGAUACAUUUAUAAAUCUGCCCAAAACUGCUUCGUUGGUUGGAUUAAAGCCGUGUUUUUGAGAAUAACAUUUCGACACACACAUUCCCACGUGUCCACACGAGGCGACUGAAGGGAUCAAGCGUGUAAAUAAGAUCAAAAGUAUUACCAAAUACAGGCUUAUCGAAUCAAAAGAGAAGAUUUAUAUGAAUCUAUUUUGUUUAUUUCCCACAGUAAUAAAACAUAAAGAAUGAACGUGGGGGGGGGGGUCUUAUCAUAUGCACAGCAUUCGUCUUCGCUUCAGUGACUCAUGUUCACACCUUAACACAGUGCCACAUAAAUGCGGGACAUCCCCGAAAGCAUUUCAAUAUUUAUGUCCAGUUAUUCUUGCACACUGCAUUUCUUCCUUGUAUGAUGGAGCGUAAAAGAGUAGAGGGAGGGGGGGGGGGUGGGGGGGAGCACAGGGUAGCGCAUGAGCAGAUUUGGGACAGUAUUUCUAUAAGUGUCCUUCUGAGUAUGGACAGUGCUGGAUUCCCUGAAGCCUUGUCGUGUCCUCAGUGCCUCAAAUUCUUCCAUGUAUGAACACUGCGAGAGGCAGAGACCUACUUUUACACUAAUCACGCAGUACUGAGCUCUCAGCGAACAAAACUGCAGUAUGUCUUCAGCACAUGAGCGAUUUGUACAUUAUUUGGUUCAAAGAAAACAAUGCUUUUUAGAAUGUCUAUGUAAUGAACUUGAAUUUUAAAUUAUUCCUCUUUUGUUUUUUUCUUUAAUUAAAAGCACAGACCUAUUUUGAGAGAAAAAGUUAUGUAAAUAUUUGAUUUAUUUCAUAUCCAGGAAACAAAAAGAUUUAUGUGUGGUUACAGCAUAAAGAGCAAUGUGUUUGACUGAAGAGAUGUAAUGCAACACAUCUGAAUAUCUGCUUUAUGAAUGUAUUAUUCUACCGCUCUGAACCCGGUCGAAUCUGCAUGACUCUUUAAUCUCUUAAGGUGCCAUUUUUUUUGUUUUUGUUAUUUAUUAUAUUUUCUUUAUUGGCCCAUAUUUCUAAUUUUGGUCACAUUAAAUAAUUAAGUCCAGAAGCAGUUGCUCUGUUUUUUGAGCACAAACAAAAACUGUGUACAAGCGCAGACACGACUUUCUUUGCUACGGCUCACAUCUUGAUGUACACUGGAUAAGGCCUCGGACACAUUGGUUCAGUGACACUUGUUGCAUACUCCAAAAACUAAUCUGUAAAACACUGCAGGUCCAUAACACUUUCAAAAAAAUGCCUGUUAAUGACACUUGAUGGAUUGCCGAGUAAACGUUUCUUUGUCAACUUGUGUUGUGGUGCGUUUCAUAUCAUUUCAUGUCGUUGUGUGUCAGUAUUUUAAUGUCCGAUUUCUUGCCAAACAGGAUCCUUUGAGAUGAACUGAUUUCUAUUCACUGUGAGUUUCCAAAACACAUGGACCGAAAAAAUGCCGCCAUCUUUUUUCUUUCAUGAUUCUUGGUGCCUUUUUUUUGUGAGCAAAAUGAUUUAUGUACACUGCGAGAAUUCACAUGUUUAAAGUCCAUCGUUAAAGCGUUCAUGUCUUCCCGCUGCCAUGAGAUUGUGAUGCACACAUCGCUGCAGCACGCAGUUCUGUCACGUGGAGGUUGAAUGUCAGAUGCAAACUUGAAACGGAAAGAUGCACUUUGUCCAUGAAGAUUAUGUAUUAGUGGCCAUUAGCACUGUUAGUGCAGCCACAUGUGGUUGUUUCCUCUCUAACUAAGGACGCAUGAGUCGCUCUGCUGUCUCAUAAUCUGACCACAAAAAGAAGAAAGUUUCUGCUGACUCGUGAUCUCUGGAGCAGGUUUCUCAAGAACAAAUGUGUACCCGCCCAGAAAUAAAGAAAUAAAACGUGUAGAUAUUCAAUCAAUGAUUACAGAGUCGAGUGACCACAAUAAUACAAAACAAUACCAACAACAACAAAUGAAAAGGAGGGAAGAGAGGGGGGGGUAAAUUAAUUAAUUUGGUUCCAAUGUUUUUUCCUCAAAUCUGAUUCUCAGUCUUCUUCAUCGUCUUUAUUUAUGUUGCAUCUGCUCUGUUUUAUCCUCCUGUCUGGAGAACGUGUGCACACACCUUUAUACCAAAGGCCACUUCUUCAGUUGUACGAGUGCGACGUACACCAUCACACACAGUCAUGGAAGAUGUGAAUCUAAACAGGGAUUAAAAAAACAAGAACAAUGGCAGAGAUGUUAACAUUAACUUUUUUAUUGUACAAAAUAUAUAUUUUGUGUUUUUUUUUGUUUUGUUUUUUUAUUUAAAGCUCACGUUAUAUUACUGUGAAGUUUUGCUUAUCAGUGUUAAGCCUAUUGUAAAUAAUAAAGAUAUUGAUGAAUACUG